AGUAAGUGUCCGUGUCUAUGAGAUAGUGUGUUUAUAUACAUAAUGUCACAUGUUUCGCUCUUAAUUUUAUGAAAUUUAAAAGAAUAGAAAAAUGGGAAAGGCGAAGAAGAUAAAACCCAGCGAAACGCAGAGGCCGAGAGUGCCUCUAGCUGACCAACUAGAAGAGACAGUCACUGUAAAAUAUAAAGUUCAGUAUCCUGGUAUCAGAUACUACCAUGAGGAUGAUGAAAAGUUCAUCGAUCCGCCGAUUACAAAAAAGAUUCUACGUCAAGCCAGGCGACAACAGAUUGAAAUUGAGGAAGAGAAUGCAAUUGGUCAACCAUCGGGAUCAAGGGGAAGAUCAAUAGUAAAUCUUGGUGGCAAUUCAGAUUCCAGCGAGACAGAUGACGAGUUCAGCGACGAAGAAGAAUACUCUCAACAUUUCGAAAAUCUUGAAGUAUACAAAAGUGAUGAAGUUACUUUGCUGUCGUUUAUGAAUACAGAUGCUGCGCCUGCGAAAACGUUAGCUGACAUAAUAACAGAGAAAUUGGCGGAGAAGAAAACUGAAAUUGAGUCUCAAUUAUCAGACGCGGAUCCUAUUCGCGUUGAACAGUUAAACCCUAGAGUGACUGCUAUGUACGAGGGCGUUCGAGACGUUCUGAUGAAAUAUCGUAGUGGUAAACUGCCGAAGGCGUUUAAAAUGGUGCCCAGUUUGAUAAACUGGGAACAAAUAUUGUACAUAACUGAUCCGCCGAAGUGGACAGCAGCGGCCAUGUACCAAGCGACAAGAAUAUUUGCAUCGAAUUUAAAGGAAAAGAUGGCACAACGGUUUUUCAACCUCAUAUUGUUGCCAAGAAUUAGAGACGACUUAGCAGAGUACAAAAAACUCAACUUUCAUCUGUACCAAGCAAUACGUAAAGCUUUAUAUAAACCAGGUGGUUUUAUGAAAGGAUUUUUAAUACCACUUUUAGAAUCGGGAACAUGCACAUUAAGAGAAGCUGUUAUUGUUGGUUCCGUGCUUGCAAAGAAUUCAAUACCUGUUUUACAUUCUUCUGCAGCGAUACUGAAGAUCGCCGAAAUGGAAUAUAGUGGACCUAACAGCAUUUUCCUUAGAAUAUUUUUAGACAAAAAAUAUGCCCUGCCAUAUAGAGUACUAGAUGCAGUGGUCUUCCAUUAUCUGAGAUUUGAAAAUGAAUCUAGACAACUGCCAGUUUUGUGGCAUCAAUCUUUAUUAACUUUUGUACAACGUUACAAAUGUGAUAUUAGCUACGAGCAGAGAGAAGCUUUAUUGAACUUAUUAAGGACUCACUCUCAUCGAUCGAUCACGCCUGCUAUCAGACGAGAACUACUGUAUGCUCUAUCCAGAGACGUGGAAGAUGCACAACUCAAUCCGGAACCGAUGUCCAAUGACUAAUACUGUUUAUUUCGUUCAUUUGCUUUUUCACUUGAUUAAUCCUCAAAUCUGUUAAAUUGAACAUUAUCUUCUUAAUAUGUAUUUAAUGUUUUAUUAACUUUGUUUAAAACAUGACACUCAUAAAUUUCUAAAUGUUUGUACAAAUUUAAUUCUGUAGUAAAUAAGCACAUUGAUAAAACCUGUUGUUAAAAAGGAUUGAAAUAUAAAAA